CUUAAGGGGAGAUUCCUAUCAAAAAAUCCAAAAAAAUAAAAAAAGUGAUGAUUUUCUAAUAAGUGCUUCUAAAUACUGUUCAAGCAUUAUACUUUUCUGUUCUAUACCUUUUUAUGCUAAAUUCUAAAAGAAAUACCCAUAAAAAAGACAAAUACUGAGGCAUACGAUGUUGUGAGUUAUCCGUUACCAUGGUAACGAGAUAGCUUUCUUUUGUUUUGCGCCCUUUUUUCAGCACAAAGCGACCCCAGCAUAAAAUUAAAUGGUUGGUUUCGGUUCCAGACUCCUUUGAUGUCCAUUCCGGCUAUUCCAAAGCUAGUUUUAGAGGCCUGGUUGCUGUUUCAGCGCGUCCAAGUCUCAAAUCUAAAAUUCGCUUUAUUUACACUCGACCCACGAAAAUUAUACGCUUCUUAACCAUGCCAAAGGGCUCAAAACACGGCUACAAACAAUCUGUAGUCCAGACUAACACAAGAAAGAGGAAAUCUACGUUCAAAGGAACUAAGAAACAAGACAAGAAAGCUCAGGAUCAACGAGAAAUACGGCAGGUUACUGAGAUCGCGUUCGUCGGUGACGACGAUGUUGUGAGCGAGCAAGUUCCUCCUCCUCAGUCAAGUGCUUCGGCUCAGAAGCUUCAUGAUGUUCUUGAAGAUUUAUCUUCUGAUGAUAGCUUAAAUGCUUUUGAAGCUGAGGGUGAAUCAGCCACUGGAUAUCGUUUUGUUUCGAUGCAGAGUCUUCUCAACUUUGCCAAGCGAUUACAUGCUAACACCACGUGCGAUGCUGGUAAAUUUGAACUAAAAGAGAUGACCACUAAUAGGCAUGGAAUGUGCAGCAGUUUGUUUGUUCAUUGCCAUGAUUGUGACAUGAAGCCUGGAGCCCAUCUAUACUCGGCUAACAGAUCCUGCUCUGUUGGCGAGGUGUCUCCCUGGCUACACCCAGAAUGCCAAUGAAUCUUUAAAUGCUUUGGUGUGGGCCAGGUGCCCAAAGCAUAAAUGGCAUGGUAGGGAGAGAGUGGAGAUGGAUGUUGGGUCUGCGGCUAUCCACUUCAGUCUGGGUGCUACCGGGAAGCAUGAAAUCAUGAGAAGGGCGGGGAUUGAAGUGGGUAGUCAUACAGAGAAAGAGAGUAAGAGAAGAGAUAGGGGGAGAGUAGAAAAGGCAGAGAAGAGGGCUAGUGACCAGCAUAAGAAGUACAGACAGGCAAGGAGUUUGGCAAGGAAGAGGGACGAAGAGCUUAGGUUAGAACGGGAAGGCACAACAUAUGAGGCAGGAGGCUUUAAUGAGCUAGGACAUGACUUAGGGCCCUCAACUAGCCAUAGGAGGAAGAAAAGGGCAAAGAAACAUUAAGUAGAUGAUAAAUUGUGAUUCUAUGGCAGUCUAAUUUAUUCUAUACCAAGCAUAAAGCCUAACUGGAGUGGUUUUGCUUUCAAAACUCAUUUGUCAAACUUUAAGAGCUGAUUUCUCAAAUACACUAAUUUCCGUAUUAAUUUAUUGCCCCCCUUAAGUAUCUUGACAGGUAUUUAACGGUUUUAGCUCAAAUUUGGAAGACUUGUAGUGUAUAGUCCAUAUUACAAACCUAUGGGAGCAUUUUCAAAAAACUUAAACCUAGCCUGUGAUAUACCAGUAUAAGUCUUCAUGAAGAGGUUUUGGUUGCUAUGGUAACCAGAAUUGGCUUAUCAACAAACUGUCCCAUAGGUUUGUUUUUCCUUAUGUCCAUGAUGUGUGUAUGCAAUAUAAAGCCUUCAAUGUAAAUAGAAAGUGUAAAAAAUGGUGGGGGCAGUUUUAAUAAAGCGUUUUGAAAUA